AAACAAGGCCUAAGUGACAUUAGUCUACGCCCAUCUACGCUGUCACUUCUUCGUUGACAGGUUGACUUUUUUGGGAAAUCAAAGGUCUCUACAGUACCGUCAAGGAUCUAAUCUAGAUAAUCUGUUCCGGCUCCCCACGAGUUUCAAACCAGAGUGUGGGAGACAUCACGCUUGAUAUCGAACAGUGAUUCGCGUGCUGUCCUAUCGGUAGUCUACUCUUUGACUGCACGCGGCAGGAAUCAGUUCUCCAUCUCCAUCUCCACUCAGCCCCUUUCCCCUCCUCAAUCCACAUCCUCAUUCAAUCAAGAUGUCAUUGCGGAUCAAUUCGUCAACCGUUAUCGUGCGGUCGCUUUCGGCGGGCGCUCGUUCCCCCGCUAUCAGACUUGCCCCCGCCAUUGCUGCGAGAUCAUACUACUCCGGAGCCAAAAGACCGGACGGAACAGAACUUCCCAACAUUCGGAAAGCUGAGAGACCCCGUGAGUAUAAACCAUUUAUUUAUUUAAACGAUGAAUUCCACGAAAUUCUAAACAGACCCCUGCACAGCUAUCGGACCUCUAAAGGCACCCAUCGUGAACCCGUAAGUCCGAGAACCCCCCCCAGCCCAACCCCAACCAAGACCAAAGCCAAAAAAAUUAACCGCCUUUCUCGGCAGGGCCGACAAAUACAAAUCAACUUCUGAAUCCCUCCACGCCUACGGCCGUUACCUAAUCUCCGCCUUGCCAAAGUACAUCCAACAAUUCAGCAUCUGGAAAGACGAGCUAACAAUCUACAUCGCGCCCUCGGCCGUCUUGCCCGUCUUCACCUUCCUCAAGAACCACACGGCGGCGCAGUACACGCAAGUCAGCGAUAUAACAGCGGUGGACUACCCGACCCGCAGCAAUCGCUUCGAAGUGGUGUACAACCUCCUCUCCAUCCGCCACAACUCGCGCAUUCGAGUCAAGACCUACGCGGACGAAGCCUCGCCCGUUCCCAGCAUUACGGGGUUAUACGAUGGCGCAAAUUGGUAUGAGAGGGAGGUGUAUGAUCUCUUCGGGGUGCUGUUCGUGGGCCAUCCGGACUUGAGAAGGAUCAUGACCGAUUAUGGCUUCGAUGGGCAUCCGCUCAGGAAGGAUUUUCCACUCACGGGGUAUACCGAGUUGAGGUAUGAUGAGGAGAAGAAGAGGAUUGUGGUGGAGCCUUUGGAGAUGACGCAGGCUUUCAGGUAUGCGUUUCUUGCCUCUCCAGGGUUCGGGGAAUGCUGACUCCGACACGCAGGAACUUCCAGGGCGGUAGUAGCGUCUGGGAGCAGGUUGGGAGUGGGAGGGAUGAUACGCCUGAUUCGGUAUGCCUCCUCUACUGCUUCGUUACCAGCGCGUACAUGGCUAACGAAAAUAGUUCAAACUCCCAACACCAGGGCCAGAAGGGAAGCAAAAGGAACAAAAGAGAUAGCCCUCCAACGUAUAUUUGCCUUCCUCCCAGCGUUCCAUCCAUCACUCAACCCCUUCCUCCCCUCAAUUCUCUCCUGAAUAAAUCGAUCCCACAAAUCACACCCACCAACCCACUUGCUGUAUGUAAUCCACCGAACCAGUCUGCACAAAUAUAUACCCCCGUAAGCGGGCAAGGAAGGGAAGGAAGUAAAUUCCACGAAAUCUAAACUACACA